AUGGCUGCUGAUCUUAUCGAUUCGCAAUCGGUGAUGGCCUCGAGGGUUCGACUUAGGCGGAAGAAGAGGAAGGGGAAAGAAGCAGAGACGCUACUCAACACUGGCGUUUCCUCCACGCUGCUUACCUCCGACCACAGGAGACGACCCUCAUCCCCGAUUCAGGUUUCAGAAGUGAUUGGUUUACCUUUAACAAUGUCAUUUCUUGUUCUGUACCCAGGAUUCCCAUUGGUUCAAACAAAAAUCAUUGAUUUUUUUCGCAUCCAGAGGUCCUCUAACUCAGCUGAAGAAUAUUGUCAAGAUAUAGGCAAGAAAAGGAGGCGAAAAAGUUACAUAGCGGCAUCAAAGAAGAGAAGGAGGCUGUUACCAUAUAGUCCAAGUGAGGAUCCUGCAAGAAGACUAGAACAAAUGGCAUCACUAGCCACAGCAUUGACAGCUACAGAAGUUGAGUUCAGUAAUGAGCUCACAUAUAUUCAUGGCAUGGCUCCUAGGUCAGCUAAUCGUCCUGCUUAUGAGAAAGAGGGGAUGCAGGUUUUAUCAAAGAAGACACUGAGGCCUUGA